AUGCAAAAUUUUAUUUUGCACGGGUCGACGGGGCUAGUGGCUAGAUCAAACAAAAACGAGAAGAGCUGUUUCAGAAAUUCUGAUGCGAUAGGGAAGAGAUCGUUCAGAAAAAAAAGACAAAUGCACUGCGCUGUGCUCAUCGCGCCUGCGAUCGUCUUUUGGAUCAGGAAAGACCUGCAAAACGUCUCGUUCGUGACGUGUGACGAAUACGACCACUGGGCGACCUGGAUUCCGGAGUUGCCUUGCAGCGUACGUGAGCGUGAAAUCACCAGUUGCGCAUCACGAUGGGCAGUGUCCAUUACAGCAGAUCGUCCGGUUGAGAGUGGCACGAUAUUUUUGGCAUUUCCAACGAUUUGCUUCUUUGGAGAUAUCUCGAACGAACUUAGCGCGUUUAUACCGAAAAAGGUUCAGUAUUCGGGUCGUGCUCCACUACGUGCCGAAAAAGUGCUUAUAAUCCUGCUGGUGUGUUGA